UCCUGGCUGAUCGGUGGAUCUCUUGUCACCCCAAUGUUUUUAAAGCCUGGAUGGAGGCUUUGAUCGUAUGAACUGGAACUGGGUAAAGUCAGAUGUUUUCUCAUUAAGCCAGAGCAGGCUGGUUUUCAGUGUGUGUGGAGUCAUGUCCUCUUACGAAGGCAGCAGUACCUGUCCAAAGGUCAGUGUUCUACCUUGUUCAACAAGCAGCACAACCACACUGGUUGAUCCGAAUGUAUCUGAAGAGGCUCAGGGAAUAAAUGGGAAGACACCAGCGAAUCGUUCAGCUGCAAGUCCAAAGCCACAAGUGCCUCCAAAGCCCUUACAUCUGCAGAAUUCACCUUCAUCCAAAAUACACCCAACCCCCAGGCAUAAAGCUUUACCUAGAGCAAAACCCAGGAUGGAGGAAGUUAAACCUGUCUCUGCUUCUUGUGUGUCAAAAGAAAAAUCCAGUAAGGUUUCUGAUCUCAUCAGUCGCUUUGAAGGAGGCAGCACAUUAUCAAACUCCAGUGAUCUGAAAAAAGAUCCUGCAGUGAAUCUAAAUGCUCCUCGAACCCCAGGACAGUCUGGCUUCACACCCACUUCUCCAGAAAAGCUCCUCUCCCGGCACCCACCACAGAAACAGGGAGAUGAUCCCAAUCGGACUCAGGGCGAACAGGCUUGUAUGGCCAAUGGCAUAAUGGCAGCACAAAACCAGACGGAAUGUGAAGAGAACCAAGCGACCUCUCCCAGCCCCACUGCUCCUUCGCAAGCUGCCGAACCCCCACAGGAAACUCACUUCAUCAAUGGAGAAAGAGAUGAAACGACCACCGAUGCUGCAACCCCCACGACCCAAGACCGUGACGGAGAUGCUUCCCAUAGUAGCUGCAGGGCUCCAAGUCCAGACACAGUGCUCCCCCUAAACAAAGGACAGUCAGACACAACGGACAAGGAACAAGACAGGGACAGUGGAGAAAGCCCCAUGGAAUCAGAGCAACUGGACCAGCACCUUGAGAUGAAGGAGACAGAUGAGCAAAAACUUCACAAAAUAGCCAAUGAACUUUUGUUGACAGAAAGAGCUUAUGUGAACCGACUGGACCUAUUAGAUCAGGUAAUUUAUUGGAAGUUAUUGUUUCUCCAGCUCUUUGCCACCUCUCUUCCAAACAGCAGCUUAAUUGGGCUAGACAACAAGAUAUUCAGACUACAACUAUUUCUAAAAGAAUUCUCCCAUUUCAACAACAUGUUGCUGUACUGCGUGCCCAGAUUCAGCUUGGUGGGCUCAAAAUUCACAGUUAGGACCAGAGUUGGCAUUGAUGGGAUGAAUAUCAUAGAGACACAGAAUGAAGAGUAUCCCCAUACUUUCCAGGUGUCUGGGAAAGAGAGGACGCUGGAACUGCAGAAACAGAAGGUCUGUGGGAGCUUAACUUUACAACAUCACAUGCUAGAACCUGUUCAGCGGAUUCCACGGUAUGAGAUGCUUCUUAAGGACUACCUAAGAAAAUUGCCUCCUGACUCUCCAGACUGGAAUGAUGCAAAAAAAUCACUUGAAAUUAUUUCUACAGCAGCAAGCCAUUCUAAUAGCGCAAUAAGAAAAAUGGAGAACCUGAAGAAACUCUUGGAGAUUUAUGAAAUGUUGGGAGAAGAAGAAGACAUUGUAAAUCCUUCUAAUGAACUAAUAAAAGAAGGACAGAUCCUCAAACUCGCUGCUCGGAACACCUCAGCACAAGAACGCUACCUUUUCUUAACUGUAUCCUUUGACAAUAGUUUUAAUCCUCUGCAGUCAACUAUUUUUAAUUGGGGCUGUUCUGAGCAAGACAAAGAAGAAUGGAUCAAGGCCCUUCAGGAGACUAUUGAUGCUUUUCAUCAGAGGAAUGAAACCUUCAGAAAUGCAAUUGCAAAGGAUAAUGACAUUCACUCAGAGGUUUCUACUGCAGAAUUAGGAAAAAGAGCCCCAAGAUGGAUCCGAGAUAAUGAAGUGACCAUGUGCAUGAAAUGCAAAGAACCCUUUAAUGCCCUGACCAGGAGGAGACACCACUGUCGAGCUUGUGGACAUGUGGUUUGUUGGAAAUGUUCAGACUACAAAGCUCAACUUGAGUAUGAUGGUGGAAAAUUGAACAAAGUCUGCAAAGACUGUUAUCAAAUACUAAGUGGAUUCACUGACAGUGAAGAAAAGAAAAAAAAAGGAAUUUUAGAGAUCGAGUCUGCAGAAGUCUCUGGAAACAGCGUGGUGUGCAGCUUCCUUCAGUACAUGGAGAAGUCAAAACCUUGGCAGAAAGUUUGGUGUGUGAUCCCUAAGCAAGACCCCCUGGUGCUCUACAUGUUUGGUGCCCCGCAGGAUGUCAGAGCACAGGCCACGAUUCCCCUCCUUGGCUACAUCGUGGAUGAUGUGCCCCGGAGCGCAGAUCUGCCCCACAGCUUCAAACUGACCCAGUCCAAGUCUGCACACAGCUUCGCAGCCGACACUGAGGACCUGAAACAGAAAUGGCUGAAAAUCAUCCUCAUGGCCGUCACAGGUGAGACCCCAGAGGGGACCGAGGAGUAUUUAGCCACGAUGGAAGAGCAAACCGACCCCAAGAACAAAUCCGAGUCCUGAACUUCAGGGGCAGCCAAGGCCCCAAGACAUUCCUUAGCUCUCCUUCCUCGCCCCUUCGUGCGAAAUAGAGGCUCAUCAUUGCAACUCCAGGGACACUGUUUUUCUCCGUCUGUGUCCUCUGAGUAAAGUCAAUGUGCAGAGCCAUUCUCUUGAUACAAUUUGGAAAUAA